GGCCACAAUGGCACCCAACGACUAUGCAUUCGCAGGCUCCGGUAAGCUCAAACUGAAGGGAGUGAAAGAUGCCAAAAUCGACAAGAAGAAGAAAAAAAAGUCCAGUAGUAAGCCAAAAGAAGGGCCUACUGAUGGUGGCGAGGACAAUGCUUUCCACGACAAAUCCGUCAUGCUGAAGAAUCUGGAGGACGAAGACGCUCAAUUUGCAAAGGAAGAUCGACGCAGCCUAGCCGUCCCCGAUGGAGAGGAAGUCGGUCCAGGCGCCGCAUCGAGAGACGAAGAAGAGAGACAGGUUGUCAAGACCGAAGCGGAGAAGAGGCACGAGGAGCAAAGACGAAAGAGACUCGAAGACCGACUGAAGAGAGAAGGUGUAAAGACUCAUAAAGAACGAGUUGAAGAAUUGAACCGCUAUCUUAGCAGUCUCAGCGAGCAUCACGACAUGCCCAGAAUCGGACCAGGCUAACAUUUGUCGAUGUCUCAUUUGGGUGUGGCUUCGCAUGGCUUCCGUUGUGACGAGGUCGUAUUUCAAGUCUUGAUACUCGGCCUUGCAGAUUUGCAGAAGACAAUUCUUGCACGGGCAAUGUGGUAGCUCGUUGGCACGAAUACUAUUGCAUGGUUGGAAACUCGGAGACUGGCGCCAUGAAAGACAAUGAUCUUGAAAAUUCCUGUAUUCGAAUCCACUGAUCUCGCUUAUGUACAAUAUCAUUCAAAGACUCCCUUGUUUGCCU